AUGACGCCAGAGUGGGGCCCCACCCGCCUGAAGACGUUGAAGAAGCGGGAGAGGAGCAGGAUCCUGGCGCAGCGCAUGACGGGCCGCCCCCUGGUCUGGCUCCUCCUCCGCUACUCGCCCAUGGCGGAGGUCCAAAAACAGACGGUCCACCUCAACGCCUUCUUGACCCUCUGGUUCCGCGCAUGUUCCAUCCUUAACAGCAGGAUCCAGCGUCCUCCCGCCCCUCACCUUCCCACCCUUUGA